AUGCGUUGUAAAAGUAAACGAGCAGGAAUCAACCGGCUAAGAAAUACACGGCUAAUUGGAGCAAAGGAAUUACCCCCUCCAUAUCCAAAUGGUUGGUAUGGAAUUCUUGAAUCAUCGAAACUUAAAGCUGGAGAAUCAACACAUAUAUCUUGUUUGGGAGAACAUCUUAUAAUCUAUCGAUCUCAAGGAAAUAAAAUUUAUAUUUUGGAUGCGUAUUGCCCACACUUAGGGGCUAAUUUGGGCAUUGGCGGUCGAGUUGUUGGGGAUGAUAUCGAAUGUCCCUUUCACCAAUGGAGUUUUAGAGGGAGUGACGGAGUGUGUACCAAUAUUCCGUAUAGUACUUGUGUUCCGCAGGCUACAAAAAUAAAGAAAUGGACCUCUACAGAAGUAAAUGGAUUUGUAUUUGUUUGGUAUAGUGUCGAAGGAUCAGAAAUUCCCUGGACUAUUCCAAAAUCAGUCGAAGUUGAAAGCAACAAAUUGAUAUACCACGGGCGGAAUGAGUUUUAUGUAAACUGUCAUAUUCAAGAAAUACCAGAAAAUGGUGCUGAUCUGGCACAUUUCGGAGCGAUUCACAAUGAUAAUAUUGUAGCUAAAUACCGCAAUCAAAAAUUAAAUAUUUUUCGCAGCCUUGGAUAUCAUCAAUGGAAAGCAAGUCUUUGGGAUGUCGCCUGGUUCGAUGGGGAUCUGUUGAUAUGCACGGUUAAGAUCAAUUUUUGA